CCCUGCGUACUGCUCCCUCGCGCCCCCUCCCCCCAUGCAGCGCUGAGGAGGCGGCCGCGGCGGCUCACGGGCAGCCCGGGGCCUAGCGCAACUAGCCGGGCUGGCGCGGGCGAAGGGGGCCCCGGCGCCAUGGAGGGGAUGGACGUGGACUUGGACGCGGAGCUGAUGCAGAAGUUCAGCUGCUUGGGCACCACCGACAAGGACGUGCUCAUCGGCGAGUUCCAGCGGCUCCUCGGCUUCCAGCUCAGCCCCGCUGGCUGCGCCUUCUUCCUGGACAUGACGAACUGGAAUUUACAGGCAGCCAUUGGAGCUUACUAUGAUUUUGAGAGCCCAAACAUCAAUGUGCCCUCCAUGUCCUUUGUUGAAGAUGUGACCAUAGGAGAAGGAGAGUCCAUCCCUCCUGAUACUCAGUUUACAAAAACAUGGAGGAUACAAAACACAGGGACAGAAGCAUGGCCUCCAGGCGUUUGUCUUAAAUAUGUUGGGGGAGACCAGUUUGGCCACGUGAAUAUGGUGAUGGUCCGAUCACUGGAGCCCCAGGAGAUUGCAGAUGUCAGCGUUCAAAUGUGCAGCCCCAGCACAGCGGGAAUGUAUCAAGGCCAGUGGCGAAUGUGCACUGCUACUGGACUCUAUUAUGGAGACAUCAUUUGGGUGAUUCUCAGUGUGGAAGUUGGAGGACUAUUAGGUGUAACGCAGCAGCUGUCAUCGUUUGAAACAGAGUUCAACACGCAACCACAUCGCAAGGUAGAAGGAAACUUUAACCCGUUCGCCUCUCCGCAGAAGAACAGGCAACCAGAUGAAAACAACUUAAAAGACCCUGGGGGUUCCGAGCUAGACACAAUCAGCAAAAACACAUGGGGGCCUGCUCCUGACCAAAUUGAACAAGAUCAGACUGAACUAUCACAAAACUCUGUAAAUCUCUCCCCCAGCAGUCACUCAAACAACUUAUCAGUAGUGACAUACAGUAAGGGUUUUCAUGGUCCUUACCCCUUUGGACAGUCUUAAACAAAAACGGGUAUCGUUGAGAAGAGAAUUUAACAAAGAUCGGACUUUGGAGGGAGGGGGAGUUCUUGUGACUUAUAGAAGAUACAGCAUGAACACCCCUUCUUGGCUCCAUAUCCUUGGAUAAGAUGAAAACAAACUAUAACUUUAAGACUAGGUGUUUCCAGAAAAAAAAAACCUAAACUAAAGUAUGCAUGUGUGAAUGCUGAAUUUCAGAGUGCUGUUCAGUGCUAUGGGAGAGAAAAAUACACCUGUGUUUUGUUUAGAAGUCAUUGUCACAGUUAAUUAGGUAGCUUGAAAAGAAAUUUUAAAAAAUUAAAACAGAAAAGCCAUCUCUUUUUAAAAGAAAAAAAUAUUUUGCCUACAGAGUGGUUGUAGACUGAGCAAAUGUUAACUUUUUUUUCUUGUUCACAACCUUUCAAAAAAGGACAGCGUGCAUUUUUAUGACGUGCUUGCUAUGAAAUGGACGACUGCUUAGUAUUUUCUUGGUUAGCGCAGCUGCUAUUUUUAUACAUCAGGUGUUUUUAAUUUGUAGCUGCAUCAAUAUCCGGUUUUGAAUUUUGACAGCAUCUAUUUUUUGCCUUUAAUCUGCUGUUGGUAUCAUUCUUCUGGGCAUGGGGUGCAUUAGUCAUCUGCUAUUUCUCUGUUAAUAAAAGUUGAUCAGACACAGUUUCACUCUUCUUGGGUAGGGCAAGGAGAUAAAAAAGACAAGAGGACUGAAAUGGUGCAGGAGGGUUUUCCUUGGCUUUCAACCACAUUCAGAUUUCCAAAACUUGUGAAUGGUUAGCAUAUUGAAGUAUUCCCAUAUUAAUUAAUGUACAGUAACAAUCUUUGAGACAAUUAUGCAUGUAUAUGUCAGUCUUGUGCCAAGAAACAAUUUUAUGGUAGAGCACCAAUUUUUAAAUUUCAUGUUACUUCCACGUGUAAACUUUACAUUUCCCUUUUUAUAUUGUGGUAGUUUCAGUUUGAUUAUUUGGCAAUACAAAUACUAGCUUAGCCGCGGAGACUAAAUUGCUUUAGGCAUAUAGGAGAAACAAUAAUCAAUGGCCUUCUACUGGAAUUCUCUCUGUUUCAUCUGCUUUCUGAUUCCCUGAAUCUUUGGUGUUCUAGACUGGUUGUCUCUGUGUGUGUGUGUGUGUGUGUGUGUGUGUGCGUGCGUGUGUGCGUGCGUGCGUGCGUGUGUGUGCAUAUCAAAGGGGUUGAGCUGUGUGCAGUCCAUGAAGAAUGAUAGCCAUAUAUAAUUGAGACCAGGUUGUCCAGUUCCAUAGGAGAAAGUUACAGAACAUGGUCUUUUGAAAUUCUUGGGUGUUGAACAGAAGCUUAUCAAGGGGAAAUGGCGCCCGGGGGCAACACCUCUUCUGGGCGCUGCCCCACUCGGGGUGGGGGAGCUCAGCAGCGGCUCAGGUGGCCACUGCAGCCGCCUGCCACUGAGCCCCCUCACCUCCCUGCAGGGGGAUGGGGCUUGGUGGCGAGUGGCUGGGGUGCAUGCUGUUUUGUCAUGGGGUGGUGCCCGGCGGCCCCCCCAUGACCGAUAGGCAUGCGCCCGGGGACAUGGGUGACCACAUGUCCCUAUAGACCAUACGCCUCUGGUGUUGCAUCAAUUUGAACUGCUUUGCAAAGAAGAGGAGAGGAGGAAGGGGGUUCUGUCUAAUUCAGAAACUUGAACUAGGCCGUAGCAGCCAUCUGCCAAAGAUAGAAUAAUAUGCAAUGCCCUCUUCCUUUCAUCUCACUCUGAAGACCAAAUUUGCCUACUCUGCGAUAAUUGAGGGAAGUAUAUCCAUACUGAUGGAGGUUGUGCAGAACUUUUAGUAGGGCCCAAAGUAACGUAUCCCAAGCUAUAUUGCUUAAUUGAUUUGCAUAAAGGGCCUUUUAAACAACCUGCAACACUUUUCACUGUCUUGUCUUCCACCUGAAUGUAUGGACAGCUGGGAUUGUGUGGUAGUGAGGGGAGUCAUUUAGGUAUUCAGUCUUCUGGUGUCAAUUCAGCAUGUCCUGAACAUGGACUCCUUUUGUCACCAAUCUAAUUUGAAUAAUCUUUCCAUUAAUGUGGCCAUACACAUUUGGAGAUAUUAUUUCAAAGAGUGACUCUUGAGAUGGAAUUAAAGAGGAGUCCACUGGAACCUUAAUGAACAUUUUUUUUUCAUUUUUAGGGUUUCUUUGGACUCUUGUUCAGUUUUGCUAGAACAGAUUAGUAUGGCUAUCCCUCGGGAAUUAUAACCCUUGUGAUGAAAGAUUAUGGAAGUAUAGGAGUUGGGAAUUUUUAAUUUUUAAAAAUUUAUUUAAUUUUUUUGCUCUUUGAUAUUUUUUCCCAGCAUGAUUCUCCAAAUAUAUAACUUAAUCACUAUGGGCAGUGUAAUGUAUUUGUCUCCGAAUGCAAAUAAAGGUAUAGGAAAGGACUGUGUAUAGCAGUCAUGCUGAUUGAUUUAAUUUUUUCCCUGCUUUGGGCAAGCAAUUUCCUUGAUAGGUAAGUGAAAUGAUCAAGUAGACUGUGUAAGUCUUGUCGUGUGUGUGUGUGUGGGGGGGGGGGGGUUGCUUUUGUAGCAACACUGGAAGUCUUCCAGUGAUUUACAUUUGGCUACUAUCAGACCAGAUCAGAAGGGCUUCAUUUUUUCCCCUUCAAAUCAGUUAUUCACACUUUUACCCCAUCUAAAUUAACAUCUGUUCUGGACAUAUGUUUUCUCUUUCUCUGGUUUGCUGAUAGGGAAAGCUGGUAUAUACUGCCAACUACUGUUGUCUUGUGGCGUGUAGGAGUGCCCGUUCUCUGCCAGUCAUCUAGAAUAGUGUUUCCAUGUGCCAGUGACUCUUGGGAAUAGAGACAUCACUCCAUUAAAGGAAACAAAAGCCAGAGCCAAUGCCUAGGUGUGAUUGUAGCAAGCAGCCAUCUUCUUAAGACGUGAGUUCUUCAGAUCUUCCGGAGCAUAAACAUAGCUGUUAUGUUUGCGAAUGGUCUUUGUAUAAAUAGUAGCAAAGACAACAUUUUUGUUUAUUGGUGUUGGCUAAGGAGAUAAUCUUUUCUGUGAUGACAGUAGGGGAAUGUUUAAAGUGCUCAGUCCUCUGACUACGGUUCUUUUCCCAAGGAAAUGUUCUUACUGUGAUAUAAGCAUUUAUUACAUACUGAACCUCUUAGGUUCAAGUUGCCAUUGAUUUGAUGAUUUGGAGGUUCCGUGUAAACAUCUUUAGAACUGCCUUGCUCAUGAUAUACUUCCUGUACAGGUCUAAUUUCAUAAAGGAUAAAACUGUACCUUGUUAAGUUCCAAAUUUGGUAUGAAUUUGCCACAAUUACAUAUGGUUGAAAGCUCUUAAGUGCUUUCCAAAUUUUUGUGAUUGCAGCAAAAUAAACAUUCCUCCUAUCUUUAAGCAUCGUACUGUAUAUCUGACUAUAUUUCCUCUUUCCCUCCCACAUGGUCUUACAGCUGUAGCAGAAAUAUGAAUGACAUGGCCCUCAGUCCCCUUGACACUUAGCCCACUGUCUUACCAUAGAGGUAGCUAAGUAUUGCUUCACUCAUUACCUGUUUUCCAAGUGAGGUUUGUGUUCAUGAUUUCAGAAGCUUCGCGGGUGGCCCUACCGCCCUGAGUUUCAACCUGCCACAUAUAAGCAUGUGCAGUCAGCUCUCGUUUUCCUCUUGAGUGACUAUCUCUGGAAGAAAUAAUAAUGGAUUCCUGAGAGGAAGAAGCAGUUGUUAUAAUUUUAAUAAAGGGAAAUUUUGAAUUUCUGUUAGUAUUUUGUUAGCUCUGUGUGUGUGUAUGUGUGUGUUAGAGAGAGUGAAUGUGUGUAUUAAAUAAGAACUCUAGCCCAAGUUGUUGGGCUAAAAAAUGCUGAUAACCUCCGCAUCUGAGAAUGUGACUCCAGCCUGGGAGAGAAAAGCUUCCAGACUUCUCAUUGAGAAGCUGGGUUGGCUUUGAGCCCCUCUGGCUGGAAUUAAACUCUAUCCCUGUCUGGGGAUGGAUGUCAUGCUUGCAUUAGCAGGCUGGGCCAUGUUGUUGCCCUAAUUUUGGGCAGGGGAAGGUGACGGGUAUAUCCUGAGGCUUCAGGGAUUUUGGAAUGUGUAUUUACCACCCAUCCCCAGCUGUGGAUGAGUGCAUCCUGAAUCUCUGUAGAUACAAGUGUAGCCAGAGUUCUCUGGGGUUGAAAAAUGCACGCUGUCCUACAUCUGGGUUUUCAUUUUUUCCCCUCUUGGAUGAGUGAGUGUUUGACUCUGCAGCCUGUCUUUAUUCUCUCUGGGGGGAGUGCAUGUGUAGAGCAGGAUGGUGUGUUGCUUCAUUGAGUCUGGGAAGAAUCCUGUAAUAGCACAUUGUGGAGGGGGGGAAGGACACUUUUUCCUUAAUGUAUAAAUGAAUAUUUGUAUGAUUAAAUUAACACAAAACAAA